AUGGAUAAAAUAAGAUAACAUAUCACCUUUAUCUUAUCGUCAUAAUGAGUAAUUAUAAAACUUAAUCUGUUGACAAUUCGAAUGUCUUCAAUUAAACUGUAUUUUUUAUCCAACAAUGGAUGUUACCACAGAACCCACCAAACUAAAAAUGUACACCAGUUCAGGGCAUUACAUGGGUCUAGUCUUAGCUGUGAGUUCAUCUUUGUUUAUCGGAUCUAGUUUCAUAAUAAAAAAGAUCUCUUUAAUACGGCUAGGUAAAAAAGGCAGCAUUCGAGCUGGUGCUGGAGGAUUUGGGUAUUUGAGGGAUUGGAUGUGGUGGUUGGGACUUUUAACAAUGGGAAUUGGAGAACUGGCAAAUUUUACUGCUUAUGCCUUUGCACCUGCCUCAUUAGUGACACCUUUAGGUGCAUUAAGUGUAUUAGUAUCGGCAGUGUUAGCAUCAGUAUUUUUGAAUGAAAAAUUAAAUCUCCUUGGAAAAUUGGGAUGUAUUCUGUGUGUUCUUGGAUCCACAAUAAUUGUCAUUCAUUCACCAAAAGAAGAGCAAGUGGUAACAGUGGCAGAACUUUUAAAACAAGUACAAAACAUAGCAUUCAUUAAUUACGUAGUUACUGUGAUUGUCUUAGUAAUUCUGAUAUUAUUUUUUGUGGGUCCAAUAUAUGGUACAAGAUAUAUAAUCAUUUAUUUACUACUGUGUUCAGCUAUCGGCAGCUUGACUGUUAUGGCUUGUAAAGCCCUAGGACUUGUUUUGAAGGAAAAUUCAGUAACACCUUACCAAGACCAACAUAACAUUCUUUUACCAAUACUUCUCUUCGUCAUAGUAGUUUUCUGCAUUUGCAUUCAGAUGAACUACCUAAACAAAGCUCUAGAUCUAUUCAAUACAACGAUAGUAACGCCAAUAUACUACGUCCUAUUCACCACCUUGGUUAUCUUCGCUUCUGCCAUUUUGUUCGAGGAAUGGCAACACAUGAACUACACGGAUAUCUUGGGGGCCACAUGCGGCUUUCUAGUUACUGUAGUCGCUAUUUUUCUUUUACACUUUUUUAAGGAUGGUACAACGUUGCUUCCCCAUCAACACCGAUCGAAUUCCAGCCAAUAUGGAUCUCAUAUUAAUUUCGAAGUAAGAUCUGUCUAGACCUAAAUAGCGCUGAACUCAUUUUGUGAACGUUUCUGUAUAACUGUUUAUACAGGGUGCGGCACAUACACUGUCAGUUAGUAAGAACACUGGAACUACAAGAAUUAUGUUAUGAAGGUUAGUGAUAGCUUUGUCCAAGACAACUGCCAGACCAGUUUACUAUUUUUAUUAAUAACAAAUUCUAAAAAUGUAAUAACAUAAACUCUUAAUGCAAUAACAAGUUUGGAGUAUCUUCUAAAAAACGCAAAAUAAAAUAAUAGAAUUUCAUAAUGGCAAAAAUACCGCAAAAUAUAAAAAAACUCAAUUCAUAUACUCAUGCAAUAAGAUCUGCCAAGAAACUCUUUUUUUAAUAUAAUAUUAAUAUCAUUAAUUAAAGAUUUUUAACAUAAGCCCAUUGUGCAUUGUCCCUAAAUUACUUUCAUAUCUUUUGAAGCAUAUGUUAAUCAACACCUAACUCAGCUUGGAAAUCGUAAUAAUAUAGUUAGAUAGCAGACAGUUAAUUUUACUGAAAUGCUAGAUCGCAUACGUCCCAUUCGAAGAAAAUAAAAGGUAUAAAUUGUUUUUUUGUCAAAUGAACACCCUGAAAAUUUUAAUUUUUUAUUUAACAUUGAAUAUAGAAAAUAAUGAUUAAUGUUCUCAUGGAAGGGGAUAGGUGGCUCAGUUGUAGAGUCUCUGCUUGCGGAUCCAAGGGUCCCAUGUUCGAAUCCCACCGUUGGCCGGGAUUUUUUUAUUUAAUUAUUUAAAAUGAAUUCUGAUGCCUUGGUAAGAUUCCCCACUCGACCAUUCACUGUUGGGUUCUAUUUAACAGUGCUGUUCCUGUGGCACUGGGAAACAGGAACAAAGCCUACACAGAACACGAGGCUAAUGGCCUUAGUAGUCGAUGCCGAUGACACCAAAUAAAAAAAAAACAAUUAAAAUACUCCAUAUUUUAUCAACAUAUGCCGCACCCUGUUAUGUGAAUAUCUUAUUUUAGUAAUAAAAUAUUUCGUGUAAAGUUACAUUUGUUCUCGAAAAUAUCGAUUCUGAAAAUAUCGUAUAGAUAAUGGUAAAUAAUCUAAUUAUUACUAUAUGGCUGCAAUAAAAUAUUUUUAACAAGUAAUAAGGAUUAAGUUUCAAAUUUUAUUGAUUCUUUCACGUUUUAUUUAAUAAAUAGUUUUUUUUAGAAAAUUAUUAAAUCCUAGCCAAAAAUAAUAAAGACGUAUUGUUAAAAAUAUUUGAUUACAAAACCAAUAUUUGUUAUGUAAUCUUUUGUCUUAUUUACUCUAUGUGAUAGUACCAAAUGUUUUUUAUGUUCGAAAUAAAUUUAAAUAUUUGAGGUACUUAAUCAGGGUUAGACUGAAGUAAGGUUCUUUUGGUAAAAUUUUGCUACAUAGGCUCUUCAUCCACUUGUGUCUUCAAUUAUGAAUUAAUGGAUUAAUGUAGUAGUUCUUUGACGUUUACGUGAGAAUAAAUGCCAUGUUUUUUAAAUAGCUUUAUUUAAAUGAUAUAAAAAUAUUUUAUUUUCUCCAAUCUUCAAGUAUAAAAUUAUUGAUUUCAAAUAAAUCAAAGUACGACUCUUAAGUCGCCAUUUUGAUUAUACUUUUCCAUCACUCGAAGUGUUCCAUCUGUCAACGCAAAAUAGUGUGUAUAUCAUCUCUACUUCCUUCUAUCUUGAUGGUAGCGAGCACAUACUUUGAUUACUAUACGGGGCAAGAGAGAGGUCCGACACGCCCAACAUAGGGCGCGGCCAUUUUGAACCCUGUGACACAGUUUAUAGCUAAAGAAUCAGAUCGCUCACUCUGCGUCGGCACUUUUUAUCUCAAUGUUCCAGUUUAUACACUACGCAACUCAGAUAAUACAAUAUAUUACAACCGCCUAUAAUAAAACAGCAGUCUUCUGCGUAUUCUGAAUUUGUAUCCCUGGAGUGGAUGUUAUUUUGGAACUUUCAACUGGUCCGAGUGAGCUAACUGAUUCUUUAGCAAUAAACUGUGACUCCAAAAAUAAUAUUCACUGACACUGACAGCAGCAAGCAAAAUAUCAGGUGCGUUUUAAUCAUUCGCUUCUGCUUCCGGAAUUGUCGGUUCAGUCGUUCUAACCUGUCAGAUUAAAACAAGAAAACCGACAAUUCCGAAGCAGAAGCGGAUGAUUAAAACGCACCUAUUAAAAAUAUUGCGCCAAGAUGUAGGCAACACGUAAUAAGGGCGGAGUUUUCUAUCUCCUUUUAAAAGGCACUCAGAAAGCUGCGCAGUGCGACCAUUCUCCGUAUAGUAAAAGAAAAUCAAAGUAUGUGGUAGCGAGUGAUUCACACAGCAAAAGCCAAAGUAGUCUUUUUCUAAAGUAGGCCUUAGAAAAAUUCACAUAUGUCUGAUCAUACAAUUUUUCCCUUUUUAGGUGUCAAUUUGUUUUUAAUUCACACCAGUGCGUAGACAGACAUUUAUCUUUGUCGGUUAUAAGCAGGUAGGGUUAGGUUUGGCCCAGAACACUGCGGCCUCUUGGGUCUGUUGUAUUCCCCUGCUUUACCCGUAUUCAGGUACUAUCUUUGGAAUAGUCCUACGCCUUUGGUUAGUUUCAAUAAGUUCCUUAGCAAGUGUUCCUGGGGCGUUAUUUCCGGUUCUAGACCGAAAAGGGUGAGAUACCGCUUAGCAAGAGCUUCGCAUUUGAAGAUCACACGGUAUGAGGUUUAUUCCUCUUCCAUAUAGAUGGUGGGAUCAUUGUGUAAUCCCAUCACAUGAAGGUGUUUUAGUAAACAGUGUCCCGUUAGUUAUCCCACAAUGGUGGAUAUUUGAGGUCUUGCAAGUUGUAGUACCUCAGUAGCCAUGCGUGGGUUUGGUUCCCUUAGCAUGCUCUUACUGAUUGUGUGCCCUUUUAUCUGUUGCUAGCGAAUUUGGUGUUUUGUGUUUAUCCACCUGUUCACUGCCUGUUAAAUCAGAGGUUUUGCUUAUCCCAAAUACAAGUUCGGUUCCUGUCAAUGGUAAUUUGUGCGAGUUUAUCAGCCUUUUUAUUUCCUUGGACACCUUUGUGCCCUGGUACCUACGCUAGUUUUACCUUAUUGUGGGUUGCCAGACCACUAAGGCAGUUCCAGACCAUCUCUGACUUGAUUCUAUUUGAAUCAAAGGGUUUUAAGAGGGUUCUAUACCCGUCCGCCAUAUUGGAAAUGUUAAUGUUCAAAUUGCGGGCUUAAUACUCACCAAAAAAAAUAUCUUUUUUGUAUCCGUGCUUCUUAUGCAUCGUAGAUUGGCGCAUGAUAACUUUUUUUUAUAAACAAAAAAAAAUAAAAUGAAAAAAAUAUAUAACAAGUCAUAUACGUAUAAAUGUUAUCAUCCGCCAUUCUUCAUUUGCCACUGAACAACUUGUGUAUUUACCAUUUUUGAAAAAAGUAAGUAGUUUUUUCUAAAAUUGAACAUUGCAUAAAAAUUUCAGAGGGCACCGGGAGGUGCUGCCCCCAACGGUCUUCUUUUACGUUUGGAUACCAUGAUAAUAAAUAUUUUCUAUGCCAGAUGGCGCACCAGUCGCGAAAAGUAUGUUCAGUUGCCUAAACCAAUAAAUAUUGCAGAGUUACUUUCCGAUCGAUGUAUAAAAUUGCAAACAACACGAUACACAGAAUAACGGUGUGUUCCUGCGCAUGCAGCUGACUGACGGUGACGUCACGUGGGACAGAAU